AUGGUUGAAGAGACAAAGAGAAGAAACUCUGAAGCAGAGACAGAUGAAUUGGCCGCUAAGAGAGCCAAAGCAGAUGCUGAAUACAGAAAAGGUGUGGCCCCCAUCAAGGCCGAGUAUCUGAUCAAGACCCCAGUGCCGACCACUCUGACUUACAAUGACGACGAGGCAGAAUCGAACGGUCGUUCCACAGAGGAUGGGGAAUCCAACAAGGGAAAGGGAAAAGGUAAGAACAAGAAGGGCAGAGGCCAAAACAAGAACAGAGAGCUGAAACAGGACCAUGAAGAGGUCAGAUUGUGCCCAGCAUUGGCUGAUCCCGACCACCCCAAAGAGUGCCGAUUUGGACCCGAAAAAUGCCGCUUUGUGCAUGAUGUUGGAACUUAUUUGUCUUCCAAACCAGUUGACAUCAGUGGGAUUUGUCCCGCCUUUGAGGCUAUUGGCUAUUGCCCAGCUGGGCUGAAGUGUCGUUGGUUGUCGUCUCAUUACGACAAAGAUGCGAAUAGAUUGAUCACAAAUCCGGAGCAAAUCUCUGUUUACGGGGAAACUGGUGGCGAGGCCAACCACAUUUCCAUGGAUUCCAGAACACAGUUACAAAAGAAGAAGUAUAUUUUUGAUCUGGCUGAACAAUAUAUUCCAUACCUUGACUCUAUUGUCGCUACCGUCAAAGAGAAGAGUGCUGAGCGCGACGAGGCUGAAGAUGUCAAUGAAAAGAGAGAAGAAACUAAAGAAAAGGUUGCUGAAUUCAUAGAAGCUCCAUUUAAGGCCGCAGAAAAGAAGAAAUUGAAUCUCAAAGGUGCUAAAAUUGUGUCCCCAUUGACAACCGUGGGAAACCUUCCGUUUAGACGUCUGAUGAGAACUUUGGGAGCAGACAUCACUUACUCGGAAAUGGCUAUGGGAAUGCCUCUUGUUAAUGGAGCAAAAUCUGAGUGGGCACUCCCAAAGGCUCACAAGUCUGAAUAUCCAGGUUUCGGAGUCCAAAUCGCUACAUCCAGACACUGGCAGGGAGCCAAGGCUGCCGAAGCAAUCAGUAAGUUGACCACACAUGUCUCUGAACUUAAUUUGAAUUGUGGAUGUCCAAUUGAUUUGCUGUUUAGACAGGGUCAGGGUUCUGCACUUAUGGACCAACCAGCCAGACUUUUGAGGAUUUUGAAGGGAAUGAAUGCCUGUUCAGGCGAUAUACCUGUUACUGUCAAGAUCAGAAUGGGUACCAAGGAUAACCAUCCCACUGCUGAGAACUUGAUUAAAAGGCUUGUUGCCGAGGGAGAUGUUGGUGCUAUUACUUUGCAUGGUAGAUCCAGACAACAGAGAUACACCAAGGAAGCAGAUUGGACUUACAUCUCGCAGAUGGGUUCGGUUGUGAAAGAGGCCAAUGUGCUUUACGACGAGCAAAAGGAUGUCAGGGAUCGUGACCCGGUCUACUUGAUUGGCAAUGGAGAUUGUUUUUCGUUUGAAGACUGGAACAAGGCCAUGGCUGACCCGGGCAUUGAUAGUGUCAUGGUAGCGAGAGGAGCUCUUAUCAAGCCUUGGAUUUUCCAGGAGAUCGAGGCCCAACAGUACCUGGACAUUUCUGCUACUGAGAGAUUGAGUAUUCUGGAGAAAUAUGCCAAGUUUGCAGUGGAGCACUGGGGUUCUGAUGAAUUUGGAAUCAACUCCGCUAGAAGAUUCCUGUGUGAGUUCCUAUCGUUCACGCAUAGGUACAUUCCAGUAGGAAUCUUGGAGCGUCUGCCACCAAAGCUGAAUGAAAGACCAAUGCCAUGGAAGGGAAGAAACGAGCUUGAAACAUUGCUUGCGUCCACCAAUUUCGAAGACUGGAUCAAGAUCACUGAGAUGUUCCUCGGGCCCACUGGUCCUGGUUUCAGCUUCACACCCAAGCACAAGAGUAACUCUUAUGAGGCUGCGAGAACGUGA